AUGACGACGGAUGCACAAGUACUACACUCUUCGAUUGAGCAUAUCACAUACUCGCCCAAUGUUUUACUAGCAACCGCUUUGAUUAAGAAAAUCUCCCCCUCUGGAGAAACUUGCAGCGUCAGAGCACUUCUAGAUCAAGGGUCGGAGAUAUCUCUAGUAACCGAACGUCUCGUUCAAAGACAGCAUCUGCCUCGCACUCAGGCACAUCUUACCUUAACAGGUAUAGGUGCUCAAAAAUCGUCAAGGACAAAAGGGCUAGCAUCAGUUACACUAAAGCCUCAUUUCGCUUCAGAUUAUGAACUCACCAUUUCAGUAUACAUUUUGAAAAGACUAACGUCCUCGAUUCCGUCAGUCGCAGCAAAUUCCCAUUCAUGGAAGCACUUGAAUGAUUUGAAGUUAGCGGAUCUCAAUUACUAUUCUCCUGGUUCAAUUGACAUGAUCCUAGGAGCCGACGUCUAUAGCCAGAUAAUAGAAGAAGGAAUAAUUAAGGGACAAAGAGAUUCUCCCAUCGCUCAGCGAACCAAGUUUGGAUGGAUUGUCUCUGGUCCCGUCAAGGACACUAUCACUACAAGGACAGCUCGCGGAUUUCAUGUCACCUUGGACGAAGAUCUCCCCAAUCUGCUACGCAAAUUUUGGGCUCUAGAAGAACCUCCCUCAACCAGAGUCUCUCGCCUGUCCUUGGCAGACCAAGAUUGUGAAGACCACUUCAAAUCUACAUACUCUCGAGAUGAACAAGGACGAUACAUCGUGAAGCUUCCGUUCAAAGAAUCGAUUGACAAAUUGGGAGAGUCUCAUAAUAGAGCCUUACGACUCGCGAUGAAAUUGAGAAAUCGACUUGACAAUAAUGAAGAUUACGCUCGUGCUUAUUCAGAUUUCUUAAAGGAAUAUGAAAGAUUGCAACACAUGCGGUUGGUGCCAGUUUGCCUAUCGCCUCCGUCGUACAGCUGUUACCUGCCACAUCAUGGCGUCAUGAGAGAGCAGAGUCUCACUACCAAGUUGAGAGUUGUAUUUAACGGUUCAAGCCCUACCUCUUCAGGAUAUUCGUUAAAUGAUCUUUUGCAUACUGGAGAAAAAUUGCAGACCGAAUUGUUUGAUAUACUUAUAUGGUUUCGGCUGUUUCGUUACGUGUUCUGCACUGAUGUCGAGAAGAUGUUUCGACAAAUAAAAGUUCAUCCAGACCAUUGGGCAUUUCAGCGCAUUUUGUGGAUGGAUCCAGACAAGAGACUUUCCACCUACGAACUUACAACAAAGACGAGUUUGAAGUAUCCAUUAGCGGUUCCUGUACUGAAAAAAGGAAGAUACGUCGAUGAUGUCUUUGGCGGAGCUGAUUGCAUUGAAAGGACUCAAGAAAUUAUAAAUCAACUAAUACCACUUUGCAAGGCGGGCGGCUUCAACUUACAAAAAUGGACCAGCAAUCAUCCUAAAAUCUUAGAACACGUUCCCAUGGAAAAUCAAGUUAACCAUUCCACCGUUCACAUUGAAAACGAUCUAAUCGUUCACACUCUUGGAUUAGAAUGGCAACCAUCGAAGGAUGUCUUCCAGUUCACUUCAACUUUAUUUAAAGCGGACAUUGUAACUAAAAGAACUAUCUUAUCUACCAUAGCUAGGAUUUAUGAUCCACUCGGGCUCCUGUCACCGAUUAUUAUCACUGCCAAGAUCAUCAUACAAGAACUUUGGUCUAUCAAGCUGGGUUGGGAUGAUCCAUUACCUAAUCCUAUAGCUAACAAAUGGUGUAACUUCCUCAACAAAUUACAGAAUCUAAGCAAACUCACAUUUCCACGGUGGAUUGGAUGGAAGGUUGGUUACCUGACUGAACUCCAUGGGUUUUGUGAUGCAUCACAAUUGGCUAUGGCCGCAGUUGUCUAUAUUCGCAUAACUAACGUGCAAGAAGAAACAACGACCAUUUUAUUGGCCUCCAAGACAAAGGUAGCUCCUCUUAAACGACUAACCAUUCCACGUUUAGAAUUAACGGGAGCCUUCUUGCUAACGAAAGUUUGUUAUAUCCAAGAAACAUUACCUCAAGCGACUUGGAAGUUCAUUCCUGGAAACGAGAAUCUAGCAGAUUUAGCUACAAGAGGCUUAACUCCGAAUCAACUGUCAGAACAACCGGCUUGGUGGACCGGUCCAAGUUGGUUGUCAGAAACUCCUUCGAGUUGGCCAACUUUAUCAAUUCCAACUACUAAUAAAGAACUCCUCGAAGAAAAGCCAACUAAGAUCAACGUAGCUCUUGUCACUAUCAAGCUAUGGGAUCUCGUGCUUAAAUAUUCUAGCUUGAACAAGCUGGUUCGAAUAACCGCUCUUUGCCGAAGAGCUAUCGCUAAACUCAGAAAAACAGCGACCUCGUUGACGACACUUACCACCCAAGAAUUGGAGGACGCUAGAUUAUUCUGGGUAAGCGCAGUUCAAAAAUCACACUUUCAACAGGAGCUGGAGAUUCUUUCGAAACAUAAUUCCUUGCCUACAUCCAACCCUCUCUUACGUCUUACACCCUUCGUUGACUCAAAAGGGCUUUUACGUGUUGGAGGUCGAUUGCAACGUUCUCUUCUUCCACCGUCAGAGCAACAUCCAUUAAUUCUACCAAAAGAUUCGCCCUUGACUAGACUCAUUAUAGCAGAGGCUCAUCAACGUACCUUGCAUGGUGGUACACAAGUAACAUUAUCAUAUAUAAGACACGACUAUUGGAUUAUAGGUGGACGAUCUACAGUACGUUCCUUUAUUCUUAAAUGCGUAAGAUGUGCUCGUUACCGACAGAAAAGAGCGCAACAAUUGAUGGGGCAAUUGCCUCCAGAGAGAAUAACUCCUUCAAGACCCUUUACGCACACAGGGGUAGAUUAUGCUAGCCCCUUUGUUAUCAAAACGUGGAAAGGAAAAAAUGCCAAGACUUACAAGGCUUAUAUUGCACUUUUUGUUUGUUAUGCUACUUCAGCUAUUCAUUUGGAACUCGUUACAGAUUACACAGCAGAUAGAUUUAUAGCUGCAUUCAAAAGAUUUACAGCUCGACGUGGUAUAUGCUCUACUCUGUACAGUGACUAUGGGACUAAUUUUAAAGGUGCGGACGCAGAGCUGCAACGAUUAUUCACACUUGCCACUCAAGAAUCUAACAAGCUCGCUACUCUUCUUUCCAAUGACGGAACUCAAUGGCGGUUCAACCCACCAUCAACUCCACAUUUUGGUGGAAAAUGGGAAGCCGGAGUUAAAUCCGUAAAACUGCACCUUUAUCGGAUUGUCGGAAAUUCAUUGCUUACAUACGAAGAGUUUACUACCCUAUUGACUCAAAUUGAGGCAGUACUUAAUUCAAGGCCCUUAAGCGCUUUGACCGAGGACCCUGAUGACCUCCAGGCAUUGACACCAGGCCACUUUCUAAUGGGGUGUGCUCCUUCGGUUGUUCCUGAACCCUGUACUGAGCAUAUUAAACUUUCCCAUCUUUCUAGAUGGCAACUUAUACAACAGAUGACAGAGAGCUUUUGGACUAGAUGGUCCAAGGAAUGUCUACAACGAUACUAUGCUAGAUACAAAUGGAAAAAACCUUUACCUUCCCUAACUAUCGGGGAUCUGGUUCUCGUGGUUGACGAACGUUAUCCAUCAUGCAAAUGGCCUAUCGGACGCAUCGUUCAAACUCAUCCUGGGACUGACGGACUUACUCGAGUUGUUUCUAUCCAAACUCACUCUUCUGUAUUGAAACGCUCUGUUGGGAAAGUUUGCCCCCUUCCGAUAUCUCAUGAAACUUUGUGA